CCAGCGGGCUCGGUUGGAGAGGAGUUUUCCGCUGGUUAGGUUACGUUCAAGCAGAACUCUAGGCACUUGCAACACUAAAUGAAAAUGGUUCCUACCCUCGAACACGGUAGGAUGCGUCACAUUAGCGAUAUGAAUACAGUGCUAAAACGGAGUGAUGCUGUUGAAUUCUAACUCGCAUGAAUUGGGGAGGCUUGGCAGACAAGGUGCACAUUAAAGAUCCACAACCAUGACUGACUCCAAGUACUUCACAACCAAUAAAAAAGGAGAAAUCUUUGAAUUAAAGGCUGAACUCAACAAUGAAAAGAAAGAAAAGAGGAAGGAGGCUGUGAAGAAAGUGAUUGCUGCUAUGACUGUGGGGAAAGAUGUUAGCUGUCUCUUUCCAGAUGUAGUGAAUUGUAUGCAGACUGACAACCUGGAACUAAAGAAGCUCGUGUAUCUCUACUUGAUGAACUAUGCCAAGAGUCAGCCAGACAUGGCCAUCAUGGCUGUCAACAGCUUUGUGAAGGUGGUGGCUAAUGCUGUAGCAGCAUUAUCUGAAAUCAGUGAAUCUCACCCAAACAGCAACUUACUUGAUCUGAAUCCACAUAACAUUAAUAAGCUACUGACAGCCCUGAAUGAGUGUACCGAGCGGGGCCAGAUUUUCAUCCUGGACUGCCUGUCUAAUUACAACCCUAAAGAUGACCGGGAGGCUCAGAGUAUCUGUGAGCGGGUAACUCCUUGGCUAUCUCACGCCAACUCAGCAGUGGUGCUUUCAGCAGUUAAAGUCCUAAUGAAAUUUCUAGAGUUGUUACCCAAGGACUCUGACUACUACAAUAUGCUGCUGAAGAAGUUGGCCCCUCCACUUGUCACUUUGCUGUCUGGGGAGCCAGAGGUGCAGUACGUCGCCCUGAGGAACAUCAACCUGAUCGUCCAGAAAAGGCCUGAAAUCUUGAAGCAGGAGAUCAAAGUUUUCUUUGUGAAGUACAAUGAUCUCAUCUAUGUGAAACUAGAGAAAUUGGACAUCAUGAUUCGUUUGGCAUCCCAAGCCAACAUUGCUCAGGUUCUGGCAGAACUGAAGGAAUAUGCCACAGAGGUGGAUGUCGACUUUGUGCGCAGAGCUGUGCGGGCCAUUGGACGGUGUGCCAUCAAGGUGGAGCAAUCUGCAGAGCGCUGUGUAAGCACAUUGCGUCUCAUCCAAACCAAAGUAAAUUAUGUGGUCCAAGAGGCGAUUGAUAUCUUCCGCAAAUACCCCAACAAAUAUGAAAGUAUCAUUGCCACUUUGUGUGAGAACUUAGACUCACUGGAUGAGCCAGAUGCUCCAGCAGCUAUGAGUUGGAUUGUGGGAGAAUAUGCUGAAAGAAUUGACAAUGCAGAUGAGUUACUAGAGAGCUUCCUGGAAGGUUUUCAUGAUGAAAGCACCCAGGUACAGCUCACUCUGCUUACUGCCAUAGUGAAGCUGUUUCUCAAGAAACCAUCAGAAACGCAGGAGCUGGUACAGCAGGUCUUGAGUUUGGCAACACAGGAUUCUGAUAAUCCUGACCUUCGAGACCAGGGCUCUAUUUAUUGGCGCCUUCUCUCAACUGAUCCUGUCACAGCCAAAGAAGUAGUCUUGUCUGAGAAGCCACUGAUCUCUGAGGAGACAGCUCUUAUUGAGCCAACUCUGUUGGAUGAGCUCAUCUGCCACAUUGGUUCUUUGGCCGCAGUGUACCAUAAGCCGCCCAAUGCUUUUGUGGAAGGAAGUCAUGGAAUCCAUCGCAAACACUUGCCAGUACAUCAUGGGAGCACUGAUGCGGGUGACAGCCCUGUUGGCACCACCACUGCCACCAACCUGGAACAGCCUCAGGUUAUCCCCUCUCAAGGUGACCUUCUGGGGUAUCUUUUAAACCUUGACCUUGGUCCCCCAGUCAAUGUGCCACAGGUAUCCUCCAUGCAGAUGGGAGCAGUGGAUCUCUUGGGAAGAGGACUAGAUAGUCUGGUGGGACAGUCCUUCAUCCCAUCAUCAGUGCCUGCAACCUUUGCUCCUUCACCUACUCCUGCUGUGGUCAGCAGUGGUCUGAAUGACCUAUUUGAACUCUCCACGGGGAUAGGCAUGGCACCUGGUGGAUAUGUGGCUCCUAAGGCUGUCUGGCUGCCUGCAGUAAAGGCUAAGGACCUGGAGAUUCCGGGAAUACUUACUCACCGCCAAGGGCACAUCUAUAUGGAAAUGAACUUCACCAGCAAAGCUCUGCAGCACAUGACAGACUUUGCAAUUCAGUUUAACAAGAAUAGCUUUGGUGUCAUCCCCAGCACUCCUCUGGCCAUCCAUACACCACUGAUGCCAAACCAGAGCAUUGAUGUCUCCCUGCCUCUCAACACGUUGGGCCCAAGUCAUGAAGAUGGAGCCUCUGAACAACCUGCAGUCUCCUUUUGGAGUCUUUUGACUGUGUCAGUCUGAACUGACUUCCUUCAACACCUGGAACUGUCAUCCUGGGAUCUCCCUUCAUAAUAGCCCUGGGGAUUCAUUCCGUUCGCCUGUCUGGUAUGUUGGGUCUCCUAUUGUAUUUUUCUUCCCUUGGUUUACUCCUUCAUUUUGAUGAAAAACAUCCUCUAGUAGCUUCCUAAGAAUAAGUAUGUAGAGAAUAAAGUUUUUGAGACUUCA